GCGGGGCGGGCUUAGAGGCCGCGGGUUGCGGCGGUCAGCUCAUCCCUCCGUAGAGCACUCCCGCGGCGCUGUCACCAUGUCCCUGGCGGCUGCGGCGGGCCGGGGCCCGGGAGCCGUGUGGUCCCCGACCCACGUGCAGGUGACGGUACUGCAGGCGCGGGGCCUGCGGGCCAAGGGCCCCGGGGGCACGAGCGACGCGUACGCGGUGAUCCAGGUGGGCAAGGAGAAGUACGCCACCUCGGUGUCGGAGCGCAGCCUGGGCGCGCCCGUGUGGCGCGAGGAGGCCACCUUCGAGCUGCCGCCGCUGCUGUCCGCCGGGGCAGCGCCCGCCGCCGCCGCCACCCUGCAGCUCACCGUGCUGCACCGCGCGCUGCUCGGCCUCGACAAGUUCCUGGGGCGCGUGGAGGUGGACCUGCGGGAGCUGCACCGGGACCAGGGCCGCAGGAAGACCCAGUGGUACACCUUGAAAUCCAAACCAGGAAAGAAGGAAAAAGAGCGAGGAGAAAUUGAGGUUGACAUCCAAUUUAUGAGAAACAACAUGACUGCCAGCAUGUUCGACCUGUCCAUGAAAGACAAAUCUCGGAAUCCGUUUGGGAAACUGAAGGACAAGAUCAGGGGGAAGAAUAAGGAUAGCGCUUCGGACACCGCCUCAGCCAUCCUCCCCAGUACAUCGCCCUCUGUCGACAGUGAUGAUGAGUCACCUUCGAAGGACAAGAAAAAGAAGUCGAAGAUUAAGACCUUGUUUUCCAAGUCUAACUUGCAGAAAACACCGCUUUCCCAGUCCAUGUCCGUCCUGCCUACUCCAAAGGCAGACAAAGUGCUGCUGCGUCCCGGAGACUUUCAGUCCCGGUGGGAGGAUGAUGACAAUGAGGAUGAGUCCUCCUCGGCCUCGGACAUCAUGUCUCACAAGAGAUCAGGAAGCACAGAUCCUAAGCAACUGAACCAGGCCAACCUCAGCCUCCCCAAGAAGGAAGGGCUGUCUUUCCUCGGCGGCCUUCGGUCCAAGAACGACGCGCUUUCCCGCUCCAACGUCUGCAUCAACGGGAACCACGUUUACGUGGAGCAGCCAGAAGGCAAGCCUGAGCCCAAGGACAGCACCUCCUCUUCCCCGUCCCCUCAGGGCUUCAGGAAGAGGUAUUUGUUCUCCUCCACGGAAAACCUGUCUCCUCGGUCCUGGAAGGAACCCGGAGAAGGGGGUGCCGCGUCCUCUGACAAGUGGCUCUCCGAGUCUUCCACAAAGAACUCCCCGAAAUCCAUGACCCUGCCGCCCUCCUGGCCACAGGGCGGCGGUGGGGACGUCAGGGAAAACACAGCUCCGGCGAAACUGGAGGCCGUGAAAGAAGCCAAAGAGAGUAAGAAGCACGAGAGCAGGAAGUCCUCUCUGCUUUCUCUGGUGACAGGAAAGAAGGAGGUGGCCAAGGGCAGUGAGGGCGAAAGCCCUGCCACCACCCCUGGGCAGGAGCAGGAGGGCCCGCUGAGGGAGAAAGGGCCGGGGCCCGCUGAAGGCCUUGCAAAGAGAUCGGAGAAGGAUACGAUGGCUGUUGUCUCCGGACGCGGAAAAUCCCUGAACCCCUUCGGAGAAGUGCAGAGCACAGAACCGGAGGCUGACCCAGAGCCCAAGUCUGAACCGACGCCGCCUGUUCCCUCUCCCAGGGCACCCCAGACCAAAGCCGUGAAGCCUCGACUGGAAGUGUCUCCAGAGGUUCAACCCACAGCCAGGCUUCCUCCUCCCCCUGUCUCUCUUCCCCUUUCUUCUGCUUUCCCUUCCAGUCCUGCUCAGACACCUGCCCCUCCUCAGUCGGGCCACGAGGCAGAGACACAGUCCUCAGAAUCUCCUUCUGUCUUCUCCGCUUCCUCCCCUCCCCUGGCAGCUCCCAUUUCCACAUCCACGCCUGUCGGAAGCUGGCCUUCCGCCCACCAGGGCCAGGCUGGUGCUGAGGGGCCCUCGUUGCUCCCUGACGCGGAGGCGCACGAGGAGAGUUUAACACAAGUUCCAGAUGCUGCUUCCCGUGCCUUGGCAUCACCGUCCGAACAGCCGCCCACGGCAGGGUGGGCAGGGACGGAAGAGGCUCCAGCGGGGAAGGCCCGUGAGGUGGACACAGAGGAGGAUGCCAGGGGCGAUGACUCAGCAAAGGGUCUCUGGAAGCAGCCUGAAACGGGGCAGCAAGAAGAACCGCCAGGGAUUCCCCCCACGGAACAACAAGACUGUCCCCCUUCAUCGGAAGGGGCCCGAGAAGUGACAUUGGCCCUUUCGGCGAGAAGCGGCAGGACGGGAGGCCCGGCUGGGAGGCCUCCGCUGGGGGUCAAGACAGACUGGGAGAGUCCGUCCGGGCUUUUUGAGGAGGACAGAGGUAGGGGUGGGGAAGUGGCUUCCACAGUCCAACAGGCGGUACCCCCUCUUCGGAUGGGAGAGCCGGUCCUCCCACAUCCCUCCGCGCUGGGAAGACACAAAGAGAUGGGUCUGAAUGGCAGCGAGGCCCCAAAGAAAACCAAGAAGCACGUGUCAUUUUCUGAGCAGCUCUUCACGGAAGCGGAGGUGGAGAAGUCCCCUGGACGGGUCCGAGAGGACGGAAGUCAUCCCCAGGAGCUGGGGCCCGAAGGGGCUGCUGCCGGCAGCGUGUGCGGCAGAGAGCAGCCUGCCGGGUGUCCCCACGCGGGAGGCUCCGAGGGGGAGGCUGCGAGUGAGCCCCGGCCACUGGAUCCCGGCGUGCCGGCUGCCAAGGCCGGGCACCUGCUGCUCCCCUCCCAGGAGGAGCGUGUCUCAGAAGGCCCAGUGAGUGGAGCAAGCUCGGGGGAAGGCCUGGAGGAAGACGACACCCUCCUGGCUCAGAAUCAGAGCAAAGCCAGUGACCACGAAGGCCUGCUGUCCGAUCCCCUGGAGGACCUUCAGUCUGCCUCCGGUGUCCGGUCUCCAGGCACGGCCGAUCUGGACUUAACCCUUCCUUCCAUUCCUGAAGUGACGUCGGACGAUGAAAGAGUGGACGAGGUGGAAGAUGACAGCGAGGCAGCAGAGGGAGCAGCUCUGGCAAGAGGAGCUUCCUCCUUGAGCAGGUCACCUGCCCAUUCUGAGGAGGCGCCGAACGGCGAGGCAGGUGGGCUGGCAGUGCCUGCAGACAGCCUGCAUGAGCUCAGGCCAAAAGCACCGGAAGCAUCUGUUAGGGCUUCUCCAGAGCACACUGCAGCUUUAGGAAUCCAUAAACCAAAUCUCGGCAAGAGCUCACGCUUGGACACCCAGCUGCCAGGCCCUGGCGAGGGCGAGGAGGCAGGGCUGAUGGGAAAUGGGAGGCGAAAGCAGCCUGCUGACUCGGCCCCGGAUCCUCCUGUCUCCAGCCCCUCCUCUCCUGAGCCCUCUCCUGCCACACACUCUUCCCCUAGCUUCCCACUCUCUGACACUCCCCACACCAGUACAGCAGAAUCUCACAAAAAAGCAACAGCAGAGGGCCUCCCUGGGAAAGCGGAACAUUCUGGCAAGAGGAAGCCUCUUCUUCAGGCCUGGGUCUCACCCUCGGAGACACAUCCAGUCUCAGCUGGCACUGGGUCAGCCAAGCACAGACCUCAUCUCGUGAAGCCAAUGAACACGACAGCCACCAAGACGGCUAACUCCAGCUUGGGAACUGCCACUAUCAUCAGCGAGAACUUGAUCAACGAAGCUAUCAUGAAGAAAUACACCCCCUCGGACCCUGCUUUUGCCUAUGCACAGCUCACCCACGAUGAGCUGAUUCAGCUGGUCCUCAAACAGAAGGAAACAAUAAACAAGAAGGAGUUCCAGGUUCGAGAGCUGGAGGACUACAUCGACAACCUGCUCGUUAGGGUCAUGGAAGAAACCCCCAACAUCCUCCGGGUCCCGGCUCAGGUUGGCAGGAAGGCAGGGAAGAUGUGAACGGCCAGCCUGCAACACUGAGACUUUUUUUUGUGAGUUUGUUUCCACUUCCUCCUGAGGUCAAGGACUCCGUGUGCCUGAUAACCAGCCUCGGGCUCCAAGUCACCAUCCGUCUCCCUUGUGUGUUAUCUGGCAAGAGUCAGUUCUGCCAAUUGAAGCCAGGUUACUUAUUACAAUGAGUCCUUCACUGUACGUUCCCAGGGUCUUAUAUUUAAAUGCCACUGUGCCUUAUGGUGUGAAUAUUUUAUGCCCUGAAAGACAUGGUCAUAAGAUCUGAUCCUGGUCCAGAGAGUCAAGUGGCACCAGGGCUAUUGAUGUAUUUUAACAUUGGGGUUUCCUGUCUUUGAUGUCGAGAUU